AGGGCGGGGGGAGGACCCGGCAUGUUUGUGGACUUGUUUGUGACUCAGUCCCUUUUGCACGGCGUCUCAAAGGCAGACCUGCAAGCCUUGUCAGGAAGAGAAAGAACUUGGGGGCGGGGGAGGCUGGGGCACCGCAUUUGCGUCCAGCCACGCUCGCUCGCGCGGCCCCUGAGCUCCAGGCUCGCGCAGCGGCGUUUCAUUAGAGCCCCGGGCCCGGGCCGCGCGCCAGGAACUUCCCCGCACGCAGCGAGAUCGCCGAUCCCCCGCCCCCCGGCCCGGCCCGGCCCCAGGCCUCGCAAUGUCAGGCACGAGCGCCGCCGCAUAAAAUGGAUCCCGGCCGGCGCGGCGAGGGCGGCAGGUUCCCGAGGCUCCUCCGCGCUGCGCCCGGGCGCACACGCGCGCUGUGACCGCCGACCGCUCCCGGGCCACGCGGAGCCGCCCCUCUCCCGGCCCUCGCGCAACUGUCAGGCGAAAAGGGCCGGCGGAUAUUGGCUCGGAGACACGCCGAGGCUCCUCCCCGAGUCUGGAUCUUUAUAUUUUGGGAGAAUUUCUUUGAACUCAGUUACCAAGCUCGGUGAAGGAGACAAGUUCCCACAGCUGACUCGGCUCGGCUCGCCCACCUUCCCGAUCCCUCCCUUUCCUCGUGGGGGAGCACGGGCUGACUUGGCUGAAGAAAAUGCCAGUUCUGUGGAUGUGACCGUGACAAGAGAACGUGCGGCUGGAAGAGGCAGAAGGGGAUGAGGAAAAGCAUGCUUUGAGGAGAAGAAUAAACCAGCGACCCCAACCCUUUCUGCAAAUUGGUGCUAUUACUUGUGGGGUCCAUUUGCUUUCAUUCCCUCCCACCCCACCGCUGAAGAAACCUUGCCCUGAGGGCUGAGAGCCAGCCCCCUACGGCCGGGGGACGCUUCUGGGUUGGGGGACCCUCUGGAUGUAGCGUUGGUGGAACCUUUAGAUACUCUCCUCUGGAAAGGCCACCAUGAAUUCGGUUGCUGGGAAUAAAGAGAGGCUUGCGGUCUCCACCAGGGGCAAGAAAUACGGGGUGAAUGAAGUCUGCUCGCCCACCAAGCCCGCAGCGCCCUUCUCCCCGGAAAGCUGGUACCGGAAAGCAUACGAGGAGUCGCGCGCCGGCAGCCGGCCCACUCCUGAGGGCGCGGGCUCAGCGCUCGGCUCCUCGGGGACCCCGUCUCCCGGCUCGGGCACCUCGUCCCCGAGCUCGUUCACCGGCUCCCCGGGACCCGCCUCCCCCGGCAUCGGCACUAGUUCGCCGGGCUCCCUGGGCGGCUCGCCGGGCUUCGGCACAGGCUCCCCGGGCUCCGGCAGCGGCGGCGGCUCCUCCCCCGGCUCGGACCGCGGCGUCUGGUGCGAGAACUGCAACGCCCGCCUGGUGGAGCUCAAGAGGCAGGCCCUGAAGCUGCUCCUCCCGGGGCCCUUCCCGGGCAAGGACCCUGCUUUCUCAGCUGUGAUUCAUGACAAACUCCAGGUCCCCAACACCAUCCGGAAGGCAUGGAACGACCGGGACAACCGCUGUGACAUUUGCGCCACUCACCUGAACCAGUUGAAGCAGGAGGCCAUCCAGAUGGUGCUGACAUUGGAGCAGGCAGCUGGUAGUGAGCACUACGACGCCUCGCCCGGCUCCCCACCGCCGCUCUCCAACAUCCCCACCCUGGUGGGGUCCCGGCACGUGGGUGGGCUCCAGCAGCCAAGGGACUGGGCCUUUGUGCCCGCCCCCUAUGCCACCUCCAACUACACAGGCUUCGCCAACAAGCACGGCAGCAAACCCAGCAGCCUUGGGGUCAGCAAUGGGGCAGAAAAGAAGAGCGGGUCCCCAACCCACCAGGCCAAGGUCAGCCUCCAGAUGGCCACCAGUCCAAGCAAUGGGAACAUCCUCAAUUCCGUGGCCAUCCAGGCUCACCAGUACCUGGAUGGCACCUGGUCCCUGUCGAGAACCAACGGGGUCACCCUGUACCCAUACCAGAUCUCCCAGCUGAUGACAGAGAGUGGCCGGGAGGGACUGACAGAAGCCGUGCUGAACCGCUACAAUGCAGACAAGCCUUCCGCCUGCAGCGUCCCAGCCUCGCAGGGCUCCUGCGUGGCCAGUGAGACUUCCACAGGCACGUCGGUGGCCGCCUCCUUCUUUGCACGAGCUGCCCAGAAGUUAAAUCUGUCUUCUAAAAAGAAGAAACAUCGGCCUUCCACUUCUUCUGCUGCCGAACCACCGCUCUUUGCGACCAGCUUCAGUGGAAUUCUGCAGACCUCCCCUCCCCCAGCCCCGCCCUGUCUGCUGAGGGCUGUCAACAAGGUGAAGGACACCCCAGGGCUGGGCAAGGUGAAAGUCAUGCUUCGCAUCUGUUCCACCUUGGCUCGAGAUACCUCAGAAUCCAGCUCUUUCUUAAAGGUGGACCCACGGAAGAAGCAGAUCACCUUGUAUGAUCCCCUGACUUGCGGAGGUCAAAAUGCCUUCCAAAAGAGAGGCAACCAGGUUCCUCCAAAGAUGUUUGCCUUCGAUGCAGUUUUUCCACAAGAUGCUUCUCAGGCUGAAGUGUGUGCAGGCACCGUGGCAGAGGUGAUCCAGUCUGUGGUCAACGGGGCAGAUGGCUGCGUGUUCUGUUUCGGCCAUGCCAAGCUGGGAAAAUCCUACACCAUGAUCGGAAAGGACGAUUCCAUGCAGAACCUGGGCAUCAUUCCCUGUGCCAUUUCUUGGCUCUUCAAGCUCAUAAACGAACGCAAGGAAAAGACCGGCACCCGUUUCUCCGUCCGGGUUUCCGCCGUGGAAGUGUGGGGGAAGGAGGAGAACCUGCGGGACCUGCUGUCGGAGGUGGCCACGGGCAGCCUGCAGGAUGGCCAGUCCCCGGGCGUGUACCUCUGUGAGGACCCCAUCUGCGGCACGCAGCUGCAGAACCAGAGCGAGCUGCGGGCCCCCACCGCAGAGAAGGCUGCCUUUUUCCUGGACGCCGCCAUUGCCUCCCGCAGGAGCCACCAACAGGACUGUGAUGAGGAUGACCACCGCAACUCACACGUGUUCUUCACACUGCACAUCUACCAGUACCGGAUGGAGAAGAACGGGAGAGGGGGAAUGUCUGGAGGUCGCAGCCGCCUGCAUCUCAUUGAUCUCGGAAGCUGUGUGAAAGCUCUUAGCAAAAAUCGAGAAGGAGGCUCAGGGCUGUGCCUCUCACUGUCUGCUCUGGGCAAUGUCAUCCUGGCUCUCGUCAAUGGCAGCAAACACAUUCCAUACAAAGAGAGCAAGCUCGCCAUGUUGCUGAGGGAGUCUCUGGGGAACAUGAACUGCCGUACCACCAUGAUUGCGCACAUCUCGGCCGCGGCCGGGAGCUACGCGGAGACCCUGUCCACCAUCCAGAUUGCAUCGAGAGUCUUGAGGAUGAAGAAAAAGAAGACGAAGUCCACAUCCAGCUCCUCCGGCGGGGAGAGCUCCUGCGAAGAAGGCCGUAUGCGCAGGCCCACCCAGCUGAGACCCUUCCACACCAGGGCCACGGUGGACCCCGAUUUCCCCAUCGCUCACCUGUCCAGCGACCCCGACUACUCCUCUAGCAGCGAGCAGUCCUGUGACACUGUCAUCUACAUCGGGCCCAACGGCACGGCCCUCUCUGACAAGGAGCUCACCGACAACGAGGGCCCCCCAGACUUUGUCCCUAUCGUGCCAGCCCUGCAGAAGACCCGGGGCGACAGCCGGCCCGCAGAGGCAGGAGAGGCUGCAGCCAGCAAGUCAGAAAGGGACUGCCUGAAGUGCAACACGUUCGCCGAGCUGCAGGAGAGGCUGGACUGCAUCGACGGCAGCGAGGAGCCCAGCAGGUUUCCUUUCGAAGAACUGCCUGCUCAGUUCGGGCCGGAGCAGGCAAGCAGAGGCCCCCGGUUAAGCCAAGCAGCGGGGGCAAGCCCACUCUCUGAGUCUGAUAAGGAAGAUAAUGGGUCCGAAGGUCAGCUUACUGACAGAGAAGGCCCUGAACUGCCAGCCUCCAAGACGCAGAGGAGUCACUCACCUGUGCCCGCCGCGGCACCCGUCCAUAGCCCCAGCCCGGCCUCACCCAGGAGCAUCCCAGGCAGCAGUAGUCAGCACAGCGCCUCCCCACUUGUGCAGAGCCCCAGCCUCCAGAGCAGCCGGGAGAGCCUCAACUCCUGCGGCUUCGUGGAAGGCAAGCCCAGGCCCAUGGGCUCCCCCCGGCUGGGCAUCGCCAGCCUGUCCAAGACCUCGGAGUACAAGCCACCCAGCUCUCCUUCCCAGAGAUGCAAAGUCUACACCCAGAAGGGGGUCCUGCCGUCUCCCGCCCCACUGCCUCCCUCGAGUAAGGAUUCUGGCGUGGUGUCUAGUGAGUCCUUGCUGCAGCCCGAGGUGCGUACGCCCCCGGUUGGAAUGAGCCCCCAGGUUUUGAAAAAAUCCAUGUCUGCUGGGAGCGAAGGCUUCCCGGAAACUCCUGUCGAUGAUGAGCAGCAGGCAGCUACUCCUUCAGAGUCCAAGAAGGAGAUCCUGAGCACCACGAUGGUGACGGUGCAGCAGCCGCUGGAGCUGAAUGGUGAGGACGAGCUGGUGUUCACGCUGGUGGAGGAGCUGACCAUCAGCGGGGUCCUGGACAGCGGCCGCCCCACCAGCAUCAUCAGCUUCAACAGCGACUGCUCUGUGCAGGCCCUGGCCUCGGGCUCGCGGCCCGUCAGCAUCAUCAGCAGCAUCAGCGAGGACCUGGAGUGCUACUCCAGCAUGGCCCCCGUCUCCGAGGUCAGCAUCACACAGUUCUUGCCCCUCCCGAAGAUGAGCCUGGAUGAGAAGGCCCAGGAGGCAGGGAGCAGACGCUCUUCCAUCAGCUCCUGGCUGAGCGAGAUGAGCGCCGGCAGUGAGGGCGAGCAGUCGUGCCACAGUUUCAUAGCCCAGACGUGUUUUGGGCACGGGGAGGCAAUGGCAGAACCUGUGGCCUCGGAUUUUGUCAGUAGCCUCCAGAACACCGCUGUGGUGUGCAGAGAGAAGCCCAAGGCCAGCCCCGACAACUUGCUCAUCCUGUCUGAGAUGGGAGAUGACUCUUUCAACAAAGCAACCCCCAUCAAAGGCUGCAAAAUAUCCACACUGAGCAAGGCCAUGGUCACCAUCUCCAACACGGCGAAUCUGAGCAGCUGCGAGGGGUACAUCCCCAUGAAGACCAAUAUCACGGUUUACCCCUGCAUUGCCAUGAGCCCCCGGAACAUCCAAGAGCCCGAGGCCCCCACUGCCACCCCCAAAGCAGGCUCCACAUUAGCCCAGUCCCAGGAGAGUAAGGAAAACAGUGCAAAGAAAGAGAUGAAAUUUGAGGACCCCUGGCUGAAACGAGAAGAGGAAGUGAAAAAAGAGAAUGCUCAUCACAGUGAAGAAGGGAUGAGGUGUGAGACUGCCACGGGCCCCUCGAAUGCUGAGACCAGAGCAGAGCAGGAGCAGGAAGGAAAGCCCAGCCCGGGCGACAGGCUCAGCAGCAGCAGCGGGGAGGUGUCGGCCUCCCCUGUCACUGACAACUUCAGGAGGGUCGUGGAUGGGUGUGAGAUGGCCCUGUCUGGUUUGGCCACCCAGAGCCCCGUGCAUCCCAACAAAAGCGUCAAGUCCAGCAGCCUUCCCAGGGCGUUUCAGAAGGGCAGCCGGCAGGAGGAGCCGGGCAGCCUCUUCUAUUACUGCGCUGCUGAGACCAAUGGGGUGGGUGCAGCCUCGGGCACCCAGCCCUCCAAGGCUACCCUGGAGAGGAAGGUGGCUUCCCCCAAGCACUGUGUCCUGGCUCGGCCCAAAGGGACUCCCCCUCUGCCACCUGUCCGAAAGUCCAGCCUGGACCAGAAGAACCGGGCCAGCCCUCAGCACAGUGCCAGCAGCAGCGGCACAAGCAGCCCCCUGAACCAACCAGCCACCUUCCUGGCGGGCCUCCCAGACGAGCCUAGCGGCAAGACGAAGGACGCCAGCAGCAGCAGCAAGCUCUUCAGUGCCAAGCUGGAGCAGCUGGCCAGCAGAACCAACUCCCUGGGCAGGGCGACGGUCAGCCACUACGAAUGCCUCUCCCUGGAGCGGGCCGAGAGCCUGUCCUCCGUGAGCUCCCGGCUGCACGCAGGCAAAGACAGCACCAUGCCCCGCGCGGGGAGGAGCCUGGGCCGCAGCGCCGGGACCUCGCCCCCCAGCUCCGGGGCCUCGCCCAAGGCCAGCCAGUCCAAGAUCUCCGCCGUGAGCAAACUCCUCCUGACCAGCCCCAAAGCGCGCAGCCUGUCCACCUCCACCACCAAAACCCUCAGCUUCUCCACCAAGUCCCUGCCGCAGGCGGUGGGCCAGAGCUCCAGCUUGCCCCCCGGUGGGAAGCACAUGUCCUGGUCCACGCAGUCCCUCAGCAGGAACAGGAGCUCAGGCCUGGCCUCCAAGCUUCCCCUGCGGGCCGUCAAUGGGCGCAUCUCAGAGCUGCUGCAGGGUAGCGCGGGCGCCCGGGGCUUGCAGCUGCGGGCCGGGCCCGAGGCGGAGGAGCGCGGGGGGGCCCUGGCCGAGGACAAGCCCGCGGCCGCGCACCUGCUCCCGUCGCCCUACAGCAAGAUCACGCCCCCGCGGAGGCCCCACCGCUGCAGCAGCGGCCACGGCAGCGACAACAGCAGCGUGCUGAGCGGGGAGCUCCCGCCGGCCAUGGGGAAGACGGCCCUGUUCUACCACAGCGGCGGCAGCAGCGGCUACGAGAGCAUGAUGCGGGACAGCGAGGCCACCGGCAGCGCGUCCUCAGCGCAGGACUCCACGAGCGAGAACAGCAGCUCCGUGGGCGGCAGGUGUCGGAGCCUCAAGACCCCGAAGAAACGCUCCAAUCCAGGUUCUCAGAGACGGAGGCUUAUCCCAGCACUAUCCCUGGACACCUCUUCCCCUGUGAGAAAACCCACCAACAGCACAGGCGUCCGCUGGGUGGAUGGCCCCUUGAGGAACAGCCAGAGGGGCCUUGGGGAACCCUUUGAGAUUAAAGUCUAUGAAAUCGAUGACGUGGAGCGCCUGCAGCGGCGACGAGGGGGCGCCAGCAAGGAGGUCAUGUGCUUCAACGCAAAGCUGAAAAUUCUGGAACACCGCCAGCAGAGGAUCGCCGAGGUCCGCGCCAAGUACGAGUGGCUGAUGAAGGAGCUGGAGGCGACCAAACAGUAUCUGAUGCUGGAUCCCAACAAGUGGCUCAGUGAAUUUGACUUGGAGCAGGUUUGGGAGCUGGAUUCCCUGGAGUACCUGGAGGCACUGGAGUGUGUGACGGAGCGCCUGGAGAGCCGUGUCAACUUCUGCAAGGCCCAUCUCAUGAUGAUCACCUGCUUCGACAUCACCUCCAGGCGCCGGUAGAUGAGCCAGACCCUUGUCCUAGUGGUCCCCUGCUCCCCAGGACUUCAGAGAUGUUGCACACCCCUAGGCCCUCUGUGCUGGGGCAUCAAAGACAAUGAAUGAGGAUGAAGGUUGGUGGCAAGUCUGGAGCGAGCGUUGAGCGGAAGGCGAGUUUUCUUUUGUUUUCUGUAGGAAAGGUGCAAACGUCAAACAAACACCCAUGGAAGGAGAAAAGGAUGGGAAGCCCGAGGGGUGUCCAAGCCCUGCGAGACUGAAAAAGCACUUUGAGGAACCUUAAAGACCUUGUUUGUACAUAAGAACUGCUAGCAAAAGAGACCUCACUCUUCUCUUGCUUUCAUGAGAAAGGGUGGGGGGUGGAUGUAGGAUUGCUGUGGAAAGCGAACACAAAACAACAAAAAGACCCAGAAUGACUGAUUAAGUGCCUUGCAAAUCUUUAUUAUUAUCCAAACAUUUAUGUUCAUACUUUCUUGUGUACAGAUGGUGCUAGUCAAGAUGAAAACAACAAAACAACAAACAAGAAAAACAUUUUGGAAAUGUAUUCACAGCUCGUUUUCUCUUGGUGUUUUAUCCUAUUUCUGACUUGCUGUUUCUAAGUAAGAUGUGUUUGUAGAGCUAUUUCCUAAUCAGUAUUGCUUAUGAAUAAAUGUUACCUGUCUUUUAUGGUUAUUCUGGUGAGGCCACUCAAACAGAGAGACUUCCUCGGCACAAGCCAGUGUGUGCGUUUCCAAAGUAGGUUUGGAGCAGCAGGUGACCUCGAUGCCACAUCCCAACAAGCAGCGUGGUCAGGGCAGACCCAGAAGGUUGAUUGUGGGGCAGGUGCUUUAUAGAACAGGCAAGGAGACGGACCCUGCAGCACGGGGGAGGAGGAGUCCUUUGCAACCUGGGCCCUCCCUGCUCCUGGGAGGUGGGCUGUGUGUUCUGUAGACAGUUUGCCCCACUCAAGUCCUCCACAUGUGUGGUUCCUUGACCCACAAAUCCACAGUUUGCAUGGCCCUCAAAAUUCAUAUUCAUUUUUAUUCCAAAGGCUUGAAGGAAAGCUGGAACCAAUUCACCAGAGCCAUAUUUCUUUAGUAUUUUCUAGUGUUGUAGAUUGAUUAAAGUGGGUUUUUCCCCAGCUGAGAGACCUUCUCAGGCUUGUUCAGAGACUUCAACUGUAUUGGAUUAGAACAAGGAUUCUUGAGACUGUACAUCUUGUCUGUUGUCCAGAGUACAAGGAUUUCAGCUCUCCUAUGUCCCAAAGCCUCUAUGCCAAGAAGGGACAGGCUUGUCCUCUCAGUCUUUGCUCCUACCCAAAGGCAGAGAGAGCUUCCCCUCCAUAACUAACUAACUCACAACCCUGGAUAGGCAGAACAUAGCUGAAGACUAUGGAUGUCCAGGUCUUGGCUCCCAACAACUCAGGACCUCAAAUUCAGAUGUUCCUCCCUAUAACAAUUCCCUUAGGAAUUAUUAUACCCAUUUUAGUGAUAGAAACCUGGGGUACAGAGUGGUCAAGGGAUUUCCCUGAUAAAAGCUGUGGUGCUGAUAAUGCAGCCCAGAAUCUAAGAGUCCCUGCAGCCUUCACAUCAAGGAUGGUACUUAGGCGUGUGCAGAGCACGCUUCCCUUUUGCCCUCAAAUGCAGCAUAUCUUCAUGAGCCUAUUUCCAAGCUAGGCUGUCUUUAUUAACCAACAGCUCAGCCCCAGCCACUCCCCAAGGGGGGAAAAACACUAUGUUUCUUGGUCAAUGUACCUCUGGACACUGCAGCCCACACAGCUGGCUGAACUUGGUAAAUGGGAACCGAAGUCUUGUGAGCUUCACAUGACCUGAUCCUUCGUUAUCAGAACAGGGUUCAGGUGGCCCUGUUGGCCCAUGUGCUUUGGAAGCCAGCUCCCUGGGUCACAAGUCUGGCUUUGCACUUUCCAUAAGAGUCUGCUCCUAUGCGAAGGUGCAAACAGGAGACAUGCCCAAAUCUGCUGGCUGAACAGGCUAAACUACAGUGAGACGCUGCUCUGGCACGGCUCGUUCUCCCUUCUAUGCAUCUCCCAAGUCUGACAAGUUUGUUGCUCUGGGAAGCAGCACCUCCCUGAGCUCCUUAACCUUGACCCCAUUCUGCAGGACAGUCGCGUGCUCUGGGCUUGCCUCUGGCCUCACAGCACUUGUGUAAGUGGGCUUGCUUAACAGUAAUAUCCUUGGAAGCUUCUGGACCCAAAGGGAAGCCAAUCCUUCGAGUUUGCCACUGGGCUGCUGGUCGCUGAUUUCAAACAUAUAGUUCCUGAAAAGUCUUUAAUUGGAGAUUUUCAAAGGUGAAUAUUCUGUUUUUGUUGGAAAGAAACUCAUCUGAUGAUGAGUCAUCGGUGAGUUUGGCUUUCACCCCGCCACAUCCUCCCCUGAGGUUCCGUCCAUGCUGCACCGCCUUCCUUUAGCCAGUGACAGAGCCUGGUGCCCUUCCUGGACUGAAACCGAUGGAAUUCUUCCGAGGGAAGUGGCAUUCGGCUUGCCUCCUGCCUAAAUCUGCUUUUAUCCAUUUGUAGCAACUUUAUGCUAUAACAAAAGGUUGAAUGAAACCAAGAGUUCUCUUAGCAAGUCAGACUGGCUUCCCAAGAUGCCAAUCACAGAACACCUCACAGGAUCCCGCAGGCCAUGGUGAAGGAGAAUGCUUUAUGUUGAUGUUGUCCAUUCUCUCUCACUUCUCUUUGCUUUUUUUUGAUCUAAAUAAGCUGCAAACAUGUUAAUUUACCAAUAUUGAUAAACCACGUGAAGAAAUCAGGCAUUUUACAUUAUGAUGUGCUUGUCCCUGUCUCCGUCUAUAAAUUGACUAUAUUGCUGAUGAAGGAAGGAGUUCCGGAUGACCAUUCUGAAGCAGUCCCAGUCACGGAAGGAUGCCUUACCCAGUGGCCAGACAUGAUAGUUCCAGGUCUCCCCUUGGUUUUGGUGAUAGAGAACCCAAGGAGGCAAGGGGAAUGUCAAAGAACCCAUUUCUAUUUCAUUACCCACAAGUGAAAGGACUAGAAAAAAAUAUUUGAAAUUAACAUUUAGAUGCAUUCCUUGUCUGAAACCUGUCCUCCUCACCCCCUGCUCCAAAUAUAUGAGGUGGAAGCAUUAGCAGUGGAGCAAAACUAAGUUCUAAGAACGGGCAAUGGUGCUAUUGUUUCCCUGGGAGUCACUCCACAUCGCAUUGCAUGGAGGUGCUGCCUGCUGCGAGGGAGCGAGAGUUUGCAUUAAAUUGCUCUAAAGUUCCCACCUGCAAGCUGCAAACUUUGAUCUUGUCCUUUUUAUUAUUAUUAUUAUUAUUAUUAUUAUUAUACUUUAAGUUUUAGGGUACAUGUGCACAAUGUGCAGGUUAGAUCCGGAAGAGAUGAAAGAGAUAGCUUCCUCAUGAUGUAGAGGGGAAUACAAGGACAACAAGAUCAUCCAUGAUCUUGUUGAUCCAUGACAUCAUGAGGAAGCUGUCUCUUUCAUCUCUUCCGGAUUUGAAAUCAGAACACUCUGCCUGUUUAUUUGCCAGUUGCCAUUCUUAACGGGGGAGCAUUAAGAUGCAAAUGCAGAGAUGUGUCCCGUCUUGACAAAGGUGGGAAUCCCUGAGCCGGAGAAGGGGCUCCUCGCAUGAGAAGCUGGGGUAAAAAGCCAGGCAUCGCAGCGUGGGGAAUUCGGCAGGCAGGAAUCUGGCCUGGUUUGUCAUAAAUUAGCCUUCAACUUGAAGUCUAUUAUAUUCUUAUAAGGAGGUAGUGACUUCAGUCCACCUGCAUCUACCAUCCAGGGUGGAGGUUCAAAAAAUCUUAUACACACCUACAAGUCUCACGCUUGCUGCUCAGAUUUCUGAUAAAAUCUGAGUUCUGUUUGUAUUGACCAAAAAUGCAGUUGUGCCCACUUGGGCGUGUAUCUCACGUCCUUGUAAACCAGCCACCUUCUUUGGAUAGAAGGCAAGGCUGACAAGUCUGCAGAUUUGUUCAAUGCAAACACAGCCAUCUAUGUCAUUGGCCACUGCUGAUUAUAUUGAGUGUUUUUAGGUUUUUUAGGUGUCUUAUUCCAAAAAGGAUUUUAGACUGUAAAAUGACUAAAGAUGAGUUAAUUUCCAAACUAAAAAUGGAAGGAGUCCAGCCUGUACUCAUUGUUCUUUCCUGCUGGACUAGUAACCCAUUCUUGGAGCACACACGGAGUCCCUCGCUUCUAUGCUAGAUGACAAGUUAGUGGGUGCAGCGCACCAGCAUGGCACAUGUAUACAUAUGUAACUUACCUGCACAUUGCGCACAUGUACCAUAAAACGUAAAGUAUAAUAAUAAUAAUAAUAAUAAUAAAAAGCAUCUACAUAAAGAAAAACAAAAAAACAACAACAACAACAACAAAAAAAACCCUGAAAACUUGCCAGUGGGAAAGAGGUUGAAAGUCCUGUUUGCUAUUAGUUGAGGCUAAGCCGUCUGCUGCCACUGUCCCUGGGGCCUCCAUGCUGCCGCCGGGGCGUGUGGCCCAGCUGUCCCCCUGUGAAGGACACUCUUCAAUGCCACCACAUGGGAGUCUGGGCAGGGAGGAAAGGCACACAGCCCACUUUUCUCUGCACCAAAUGAAACAAAGCUGGGUGUUUAGUGUCACUGAUGCAAGUAAAUGGGUCUCAAAUUUUGGCGGGGGCUAGGGGGGCAGGUGGUAGACUUAGUGUUUCUUUGGAUUCUGGUAUCUCUUUUUCCACCUCCAGAAAGUAUCUGUCAACAUUGGUGGGUAACAGCUUAUAAAGUGCAUCACUUAGCAAUCUUCCUGACAAAAUGACACAUUUUAAAAUUACAACCUGUUCAUUAUUUCCAUCAUAAUGCAAGCAUAAUUCAUAAUCCAGGAGAAGUUAUUGUCAUUUAAGCUCAUCUCAAAAAAUUUUUUUCCGAAAAUCCCUCCCUAAACAAACACAUUCUGCUUUUGGGUGGCCCUACCCAGAACCUGCAGCGAUGUCAUAACACUGGACACAGUGGGGCUUGGGGCAGUAUCAAGCCUUCAUUGCAUACAAGCCUUAUUCUCUAAGCAUAGUUGUUCCCAAGAUCCACACGUGUGGAGGCGAGUACUGAAAUACCACACUCACACAUCUAUUCCAUGCGUACAUAGAAAUUACCUUCAACACUAAACAAGGCUCCUUCUUUCAUUCCCUAUCCUGCUAACAGCCCACAUUGUCAUAUUUGAUUUAUGAAGAAGUUCUCAUUUAUUUGUGAACUCGGGAUGUUGUUUUACAGCAUUGCUCGUGUUCUCUCAUUUACUUAUGAUGCAUCACGGUUGGAAAUGCUAUCCACGUGCCGUGCAUCGAGGUGGAGAUUUGCUCGAUCUGUCUGUGGCUAUUUUUUUCCAUGUUUUUCUCACUCAAGCAAAGUCUGUUAGUGGAAACAUGGGCUGGGGGAUGGGGGGAGGACAGAUAAAUCAAGAGAAUAGGGAUUAGGGUCCAAUCCUCAAUGCACAGGGCUUAGUUCAAAAUCUAAGCUGUUUCUGUAGUAAGUAGCCAAAUGGGAAAGAUCCCUUCAUUUUGAAUUUGAUGAGAAUGGGCUUGGAAAUCCACGCCCACCGGCUUGCGUGGAAGAGGAUCCAGCCUCUUCCUACUGGUUCAACAUUAAAUUUCUGAGGAAAGUGCUGACAGUGUUCAUUCCCUACAUUUCCCUAGGACUCCCAUCCAACCCCUAGUGCUACUGAAGAGGGUUUGGGAAAGCAACCGGAGUUCCUUAGCUUGGAUAUAUAUAGUACCUGUUUUUUUUCUCUGGAAAAACCAAAGUACUUUAGUGAGUCUUACAACCUUAAGGCAUUUUGUCCCCUCACUGCAUUUUGUCCCGAGAGGCAGGGAGGGGGUAGGCCUUGAGCUAGGAGCAAGGACACUGGGCCGCCAGGCCUGGUUCUGUUACUAGCUAUGCAACCUUGGGCGAGCCUCUUCGCUUUACUGGGCCUCAGGUUCCUGAGUGGAAGACUGGGGGUCAGAACAGCUGCCCUUCUGAGAGAGCAUCAAGAGAAAGUGGUAUAAGUGAUGGGAAGUGCUUUGAAGAAAUUAAAGGUCUGUCUAGGAGCUGGGGGUAAUCAUUUACAGAUGAAGAAAAUGAAGUCUAGUCAUUGAUUGGCCCGAGUUCACAGAGUGGUUUUAUAGCAAAACGGGGACUUGAGUCCAGCUUAUUGGAUUCUUCCCAUUAGAUCAUAUUGCACCAGGUAUGUGUAGACAUGAACAGAUAUCAUUCCUCUAAGGUGUGUGUACAUACAUGGAUGUGUGUGUACAGGAGGUACCUGACAUGGUGAAAAGGCCAUAGGACAGAAAACCUGAAUUCUAAUUCCAGGUUUGCCAGUCGUCCUGUCCGGGAUAUAUUACCUAACUCCUCCAGAACUCAGUUUUCGAACCUGUAAAAUGAAGACAUUGUGCUAGAUGAUCUUUGUGCUUCCUUCAAGCUCUGGAUCUCUAAUUCCAUGAUUAGUAAUGUAUGUAUGUGUAUAUAAAUAUGCUUAUCUGUAGAAAUGGGCCCAUUUGAAAAGUGGAGACAAGGCCUGUCCAAGUGCAUUUAUUGUGCCAGAAACAGUGAAUUCCUAAGUAAGUUCAUAAAAUCUUGUUUGACAAUUCAAUGGCAGUGCUUAAUGUUAUUGUCUGAAACCCACUGUUUAACCAGAUGGAAGACUGGUGCCAUUGAAAACAUUAUUAGUUCACAAGUGUUUGCUGUUAAAAUUCUUCAAUAAAACUCAUUUGUUAAAGUCAGAAAUUCAACUCUUCUGUACUUGGGCAGGUCCCAGCAGCCCCUUGGCAGGCUGGUUUUGUGCAUGGGCCUUUGCAAGCUAUAUAAACGUUAGGUGUUGGCUUGAUUAUGAUAAAUAUGAGCAGGCUCCCUGGAGAACAGUCCAGAAAAAAAGAGUUAUAGUUCUCACAAACUGGUGACAUGAAUCCAUUAAGCUGUGUGGCAUUUUCCAGUGUAAAGACAUUGCUGGCUACGAUCUCUGACUUUUUGUGGCAUAUGAGGUGUAAAAUGUUGUCAAAAAAGAAUCUGGUGUUAAAAAAAAAAUCAAACUAUGGUGGCAUUAAAUGUUCACUUUUAUUC